GCAUCAAAUUUUGAAAAACAAAAAAAUCUAAUUUCCCGCCAUAUUUAUAUACACAUUCAAGUUUAUAGUCAACAUCAUUUUAUUUGUUUGUUGCAGUUUUCGUUUAAAUUUACCAUUUGCUCCUGGUGAUCGUGGGCCCCUCGGUUAGAGUGCUGCCAUUCCAGAACACAAUGGCCCACAAUGCAACAGUAGUGACUCGCAAAUCAAAGUCCUCUCGCAUGGUGUAUCCAUCCAGGACUCUACAGGUCACAGACACUGAACCGCCCAAGGAUAAGGUGCCAAAGAUGACUAGCACCCGCGAUGUUCAGACCGUGCGUCGGGCCAAAGUCUCAAGCCCUAUUGUUCCGGAUGCAGCAACUAAAAUUAAUGUUAACGAUCUGCACCGCUUAGGUAUAUGCCAGAUGGUAAGUCCCUCCAAGACCCAGACCCGAGCAGCCGGAGGAGGGGGACUAGUUGCCAUACCGGGACAGAAGUAUCACAGAGAACAACCGUAUACUCCACCACCACAAAAGACCACUCGAUCCGCAGCGACCAAUUCGGCUGUCCAGAAACUGACACCCAAGGAGAGCAGGACAGUCAGGGAGCAAACAGAGUUGAAGGAUUUGAAGAACUCUAAAGUAUAUAGGGACCCCAAGGAAGCCAAACCUAUUAAGGAACCCCAGCCCAAGGGAGCUGAUAAAACACCCCAUGCCAGCCAUCGCCAUUCGCGUCACCAGAGCGAUCGCACCAAGACUUAUUUCGAUAAAUAUCUGAAGUUUGCCUUCGAUCUGAGCACUCCCGAAGGAGUCAAGCAACUGGAGGCUCACUUCUUUCCCGACAAGGAUCUCGUUGGCGCUGGCACUUCGGGCAAUCGGGAGGAGUAACCACAACCAUAUCUGAAACAGAGAAUGUGAGAGUGUAGGCAUGGCUAAAUUAUUAUGUUUUUAACGUUUGCGUUAUUGUUAACGGAACCCAUACUUGUGAAAUUAAAUGUAUCAAGUGACAUGACUUUAGCUAUUAUAAUUAUGCAAGUGCUCAAGUGCUUAAGGAAAUACUCCUUAAUCAUAGUAAAUCUUGGAAAUACAUAACGAUAGAGAUUAAAAAAAUCACUAUAUCAU